AGUCAGCCCCGCGGUGCGCGGCGCCAACACGAGCCCGGUCCCAUGGCGAAGUCUCCCCGCCGCGCCGCGGGCCGGCGACUGCUGCUGCCCCUGCUGUGCCUGCUCUUCCAGGGCGCCACUGCCAUUCUCUUUGCCAUCUUUGUCCGCUACGACCAGCAAACCGACGCUGCCCUCUGGCAUGGGGGCAACCACAGUAACGCGGACAAUGAAUUUUACUUUCGCUACCCAAGCUUCCAGGACGUGCACGCCAUGGUCUUCGUGGGCUUCGGCUUCCUCAUGGUCUUCCUGCAGCGCUACGGCUACAGCAGCCUGGGCUUCACCUUCCUCCUGGGCGCCUUUGCCCUGCAGUGGGCCACACUGGUGCAGGGCUUCCUCCACGCCUUCCACGGUGGCCACAUCCAUGUCAGCAUGGAGAGCCUGAUCAACGCUGACUUCUGCGCUGGAGCCGUGCUCAUCUCCUUCGGCGCCGUCCUGGGCAAGACCGGGCCUGCACAGCUGCUUCUCAUGGCUCUCCUGGAGGUGGCGCUGUUUGGCCUCAACGAGUUUGUGCUCCUGUGUCUCCUGGGGGUGAGAGAUGCGGGCGGCUCCAUGACCAUCCACACAUUUGGUGCCUACUUCGGGCUGGUCCUCUCGCGGGUCCUCUACAGGCCCCACCUGGAGAAGAGCCAGCACCGCCAGGGCUCCGUCUACCAUUCGGACCUCUUUGCCAUGAUCGGGACCAUCUUCCUGUGGAUAUUCUGGCCCAGCUUCAACUCGGCGCUCACAUCACGGGGGGACGGGCAGCCCCGGACGGCCCUCAACACCUACUACUCGCUGACCGCCAGCACCCUCAGCACCUUUGCCUUGUCGGCCCUGGUCGGGAAGGAUGGGCGGCUGGACAUGGUGCACGUCCAGAACGCAGCGCUGGCUGGAGGCGUUGUGGUGGGGACCGCCAGUGAAAUGAUGCUGACACCAUUUGGUGCUCUGGCAGCUGGCUGCUUGGCUGGGGCCGUCUCCACGCUGGGGUACAAGUUCUUCACGCCCAUCCUUGAAUCAAAACUCAAAAUCCAAGACACUUGUGGUGUCCACAACCUCCAUGGGAUGCCAGGGGUCCUGGGGGCCCUCCUGGGGGCUCUUGUGACGGGGCUGACCACCCAUGAAGCCUAUGGAGAUGGCCUUCAGAGUGUGUUCCCACUCAUAGCUGAGGGCCGGCGCAGCGCCACGUCUCAGGCCAUAUACCAGCUCUUCGGGCUGUCUGUCACGCUGCUGUUUGCCUCUGCAGGUGGGGUCCUUGGAGGGCUCCUGCUGAAGCUGCCCUUCCUGGACGCACCCCCUGACUCCCAGUGCUAUGAGGACCAGAUGUGCUGGGAGGUGCCUGGCGAGCAUGAGUUCGAGGCUCAGGAAGCUCUAAGGGUGGAGGAGCCAGACACUGAGGCCUAACCCGCCACAGCCCUGCAAACAUGCUCUCUGCCUAGAAGACAUGACCAGCCACUCCUGGGGAGCUCUUGUCUGGCUCCCAUGCCUCCUGGGGCAAGAAAGGAGUCAGAAGGGACCUCCUAUCUAAAGACAGCGUCUCCCCAGGGAGAGGGGCAGGGCUGCAGCAGGGACUGCGGGACAGGGGUUGGGGGGAGGGAGCCUCCCCAGCCAGCCCUGCCCUGCCCUGCCCUGCCAGCCUGCAGGUGCAGGUAGAAGGGCCCAGCGGGAGACCCCAAGCUAUUGAUCCACAGUGUCACUCAGUUGCAGUGGAGACCAAGGCCAGCCUGGCUCUCGGGGGAUAAACACUGCCCUGACCCUGGA